AUCUCUCUCUCUCUCUCUCUCUCUCUCUCUCCGCACGCGCAGAAGCAUCCGCAGAAACAGAAACGUCCGGCUUCUUCUCCGGCUGCUGGUUGUGGGGGCAUACCACUUUCCACAGUCCUGUUCGUCUUUUUAUGCGCAAAUAAAUAUCAAUAUCGGCAGUUCACUACUACUCUUUCUUUCUUGAGUAGCCAUUGCAAAAUGUCGCGAGCAGUGGCUUCUCCAUUAGAUUAUCCAUUAGAGUAUCCUGUGAAAUUGAAUGUGACGAAGCAAUUUUGUUGCUUCUCUUCCAGCUUGACUGUCCUCCCGUCCCGCCAAGAAAAUUAUGCUCAUCGGAAACCCACAGCUGGUUCUUCCGGCAGAAGAGCAUCCAAACCCUUUCUUCUUCCAACUUCCGGCACCCCUUUGAUGCGCGGUGGUUUUUUUGGGAUCGGGAUCGAUAAUAGCAGCAGCAGCAACACAAUUGUAACCCCGAGGUCACUGAGUAGAGUCAGAUUCAGAGGGCGUCGUCCGAUGGCAAUGACAUCAUUGGGAGGGCUCUUGGGUGGCAUAUUUAGGGGUAACGACAUAGGGGAGUCCACUAGGCAGCUCUACGCUCCUACUGUAACACUCAUCAACAACUUUGAAGCUCAGAUGUCUACUCUUUCCGAUUCCCAAUUGAGGGAAAAGACAUCCGUCUUGAUGGAACGUGUUCGCCAGGGCGAUUCUUUGGAGUCUCUUUUACCUGAAGCAUUUGCUGUUGUGAGAGAGGCUUCAAAAAGGGUUCUUGGCCUUCGACCAUUUGAUGUGCAAUUGAUAGGUGGGAUGGUCCUUCACAAGGGAGAAAUAGCUGAAAUGAGAACUGGAGAAGGAAAGACACUGGUUGCUAUUUUGCCAGCUUAUCUCAAUGCAUUAACUGGGAAAGGAGUUCAUGUUGUCACUGUCAAUGAUUAUCUAGCUCGGCGAGACUGUGAGUGGGUUGGCCAAGUACCUCGGUUUCUUGGAUUGAAGGUUGGGCUAAUCCAACAGAAUAUGACAAGUGAACAAAGGAGGGAAAAUUACUUGUGCGACAUCACAUAUGUGACUAAUAGUGAGCUUGGAUUUGACUAUUUGAGAGAUAAUCUUGCCACGACUGUUGAUGAGCUUGUCCUGAGAGGUUUCAAUUACUGUGUAAUUGAUGAGGUUGACUCCAUCCUUAUUGAUGAAGCAAGGACUCCUCUUAUCAUAUCUGGGCCUGCUGAAAAACCAAGUGACCGGUACUAUAAAGCCGCUAAGAUAGCUGCUGCCUUUGAGCAAGAUAUACAUUACACAGUUGAUGAGAAGCAGAAAACCAUUCUACUCACAGAACAGGGUUAUGCUGAUGCUGAGGAAAUUCUAGAUGUCAAAGAUUUGUAUGAUCCCCGUGAACAAUGGGCCUCCUAUGUCCUGAAUGCAAUAAAAGCAAAAGAACUUUUCCUUAGAGACGUGAACUAUAUUAUUCGUGGGACGGAGGUACUCAUUGUGGAUGAGUUUACAGGUCGAGUCAUGCAGGGAAGGCGUUGGAGUGAUGGACUUCAUCAGGCAGUUGAAGCAAAAGAAGGCUUGCCCAUUCAAAAUGAAACAGUGACACUGGCUUCAAUUAGCUAUCAGAACUUCUUUCUGCAGUUCCCAAAACUUUGUGGCAUGACUGGCACUGCAGCAACUGAGAGUGCAGAAUUUGAGAGUAUAUACAAGCUCAAAGUUACAAUAGUGCCUACAAACAAGCCCAUGAUAAGAAAGGAUGAGUCUGACGUGGUGUUCAGGGCAACUACAGGAAAGUGGCGGGCAGUUGUGGUGGAGAUUUCUAGAAUGCACAAGACAGAUCAGCCAGUGCUUGUUGGCACUACAAGCGUUGAACAGAGUGAUGCAUUAUCAGAACAGUUGCAUGAAGCAGGCAUCCCUCAUGAGGUACUAAAUGCCAAACCAGAAAAUGUGGAGAGAGAAGCUGAAAUUGUGGCUCAGAGUGGUCGUCUUGGGGCAGUUACUAUAGCUACCAAUAUGGCUGGUCGUGGAACAGAUAUAAUCCUUGGUGGCAAUGCCGAAUUUAUGGCAAGGUUGAAGCUACGUGAGAUGCUAAUGCCAAGAAUUGUUAAACCUGCUGAUGGAGUUCUUGUUUCUGUUAAGAGACCACCUCUAAAGAAGACAUGGAAGGUAAAUGAAAACUUAUUCCCCUGCACACUUUCCAAAGAGAAUACCAACUUUGCUGAGGAAGCUGUACAGCUAGCCGUGAAAACAUGGGGUCAGAGAUCACUAACAGAGCUUGAAGCAGAGGAACGACUAUCUUAUUCUUGUGAAAAGGGACCUGCUCAGGAUGAAGUCAUAGCAAAGCUGCGUGGUGCCUUUCUAGAAAUUGCUAAAGAAUAUAAGGUCUACACCGAGGUGGAGAGGAAGAAGGUGGUCUUGGCUGGUGGACUUCAUGUGGUGGGGACAGAACGUCAUGAGUCACGUCGAAUUGAUAAUCAGCUGCGCGGUCGAAGUGGCAGGCAAGGGGACCCUGGAAGUUCUCGCUUCUUCCUCAGUCUUGAAGAUAAUAUCUUUCGGAUUUUCGGGGGUGAUAGGAUUCAGGGUUUGAUGAGAGCUUUUAGAGUUGAAGAUCUACCAAUUGAAUCCAAGAUGCUGACCAAAGCACUUGAUGAAGCUCAAAGGAAAGUGGAGAAUUACUUUUUUGAUAUUAGGAAGCAGCUAUUUGAAUAUGAUGAGGUUUUGAACAGCCAAAGAGAUCGUGUAUAUACAGAGAGAAGGCGAGCUCUUGAAUCUGACAAUCUUCAAUCUCUUCUUAUUGAGUAUGCUGAACUGACAAUGGAUGACAUCCUAGAGGCAAAUAUUGGUCCUGAUGCUCCAAGGGAAAACUGGGAUCUUGAAAAGCUAAUUGCAAAACUCCAACAGUAUUGCUACUUGUUGAAUGAUUUGACCGUGGAUUCACUGGUGAGCAAAUGCUCAGAUUAUGAGGAGCUGAGGGAUUUCCUUCGUUUUCGUGGUUGUGAUGCAUAUUUGCAGAAAAAGGAUAUCGUGGAGAAACAAGCACCAGGCUUGAUGAAGGAAGCUGAGAGGUUCCUGAUUUUGAGUAACAUUGAUCGCUUAUGGAAAGAACACUUGCAAGCACUCAAAUUUGUUCAGCAAGCUGUAGGUUUACGAGGAUAUGCUCAGAGGGAUCCACUAAUUGAGUAUAAGCUAGAAGGCUACAACCUUUUUAUAGAGAUGAUGGCACAGAUAAGAAGAAAUGUCAUAUAUUCUAUAUACCAGUUUCAACCAGUGUUGGUGAAGGAUCAAGAAAAGCGACAACCAAAAGAGAAAUCAGGUGACUCAGUUGCAAAUGGAAGAGGUACGGGUGAUAGCAAGGAUCCUGUGGGUGUUGAUUCCUCUUCAACAGCUGCCAGCGCCACGCCAGUGCCUGAAACCCGCCGCAUUUGAGAGGAUAAGUUCUGUGGAAACUCGAAGGGCGAAGGAUUGAUAUAAAGACCAUUUAUUUUAUUUUUUUCCUUUUUAUGCCAUACUAGAGCUUUACUUGUUUGUAAAUUGGCAUUGUUAAGUAGAACCACAGGGUUGAAUGUAAAGAAAUUAGAAAGUCUAAGGAAUACUCUUCAUUGAACCUUUGGCCACGAGCAUCUUGAAUGAGGCCACUUCUUCC